AUGUCUGCUGCAAAAGAUAAAUCUAAGGUCCACAAGCUGUCCAUCAAGGGUAAGACAGAUGCAACACCACGCUGGGAGGAUUCUGAAGCUAACCCAUCCAUGACAGGGUCGGCGAAGCUUGUGUCCGAAUUUUUCGAGUACUCGAUAAACUCGAUUCUGUUCCAGCGAGGUGUAUACCCCCCAGAAGAUUUCACAACGGUCAAGAAAUAUGGUCUUAACAUGCUCGUCACCGCCGACGACCAGGUCAAAGCCUACAUUAAGAAGAUCAUGUCACAACUGAACAAAUGGAUGGUUGGUGGGAAGAUUUCAAAGCUCGUCGUGGUCAUCACAGACAAGGAGACAGGUGAACAUGUCGAGAGAUGGCAAUUUGACGUGCAAAUAUUUGGCAAAAGUAGCAAGAGCCAGACAGCUCGCAAGUCUGCGGAUAAGGAAAAUUCCACUCCAGGAGAUGCGGAGCCGCAAACCUCGAGUCCGGUUGAGAAAACGGAAAAAGAAAUCCAGGAAGAGAUCCAGGCAAUCUUCCGUCAGAUUACAGCCUCUGUUACCUUCCUACCUGUCUUGGACGGAGACUGCACAUUCAACGUCCUCGUGUACGCGGAUGCAGACUCGGAGGUGCCCGUCGAAUGGGGCGACAGUGAUGCCAAGGAGAUCAAGAAUGCUGAAAAGGUCCAGCUGCGAAGUUUCAGUACGAACAACCACAGAGUGGAGACUCUGGUCAGCUACCGGCUUGCUGAUUAA